AUCAUGAGUCUUCUGGGGCGGGUAGCUGUGUGUCGAGCCAGGAAAGCCGCCCUGCUCUGUGUAGUCUUCCUGAUGGCGCGGGCAUGGAGCAGCUCCUCGCUGGGCUUAGUGGGGGCGGCGGCGGCGGCGGCGGCCCCCCAGGGCUGCCCACCGCAGUGCUCCUGCAGUAGCCAGCAGGGGAAGGUGGUGUGCACCCGGCGAGGACUGACCCGCGUGCCCCCCGGCAUCCCGGGCAACACGCGCCACCUCAAUCUGAUGGAGAACGCCAUCGAGGCGGUGCAGGCCGACUCCUUCCGUCACCUGCACCACCUUGAGGUGCUCCAGCUGGGGCGCAACGCCAUACGGCAGAUUGAGGUGGGCGCGUUCAACGGACUCACUAGCCUCAACACGCUGGAGCUGUUCGACAACCGCCUGACCGUGGUGCCCAGCGGGGCCUUCGAGUAUCUGUCCAAGCUGCGGGAGCUCUGGCUGAGGAACAACCCCAUCGAGAGCAUCCCCUCCUACGCCUUCAACCGGGUGCCGUCGCUCAUGCGCCUGGACCUGGGGGAGCUGAGGAAGCUGGAGUACAUCUCGGAAGGUGCCUUCGAAGGCCUGCAGAACCUUAAGUACCUCAACCUCGGAAUGUGCAACAUAAGGGGCGACAUGCCCAACUUGAGCCCCCUCAAAGGACUGGAAGAACUGGAGAUCUCAGAGAACCUGUUCCCAGAGAUAAAGCCCGGCUCCUUCAGAGGCCUGCGUUCGCUGAAAAAGCUGUGGGUCAUGAACUCCAAGAUCACCGAUAUCGAGCGCAACGCCUUCGACGACCUGUCCUCCUUGGUGGAACUCAAUCUGGCCCAUAACAAUCUCAGUGCUCUGCCACACGAUCUAUUCUCCCCACUGAGGUAUCUGGUGGAGCUGCAUCUCCACCACAACCCCUGGAACUGUGGCUGUGAGUCGGUGUGGUUGGCCCGCUGGCUGAGGGAAUACAUCCCCACCAACUCCACCUGCUGUGGCCGCUGCCACUCACCUGCUAGCAUGAAGGGGCGGCAGCUGGUGGAGGUCGACAAGGAGGACGCCUCCGGACUCCAGUGUUCGGCGCCCUUCAUCGGGGACGCGCCGAGGGAUCUGAACAUCUCUGCUGAGCGUGUGGCGGAGCUCAGGUGUCGCACGGCGCCGAUGUCCUCGGUGCGCUGGCUCCUGCCCAACGGGACCGUGCUGACGCACGCCACCAGUCACCUGAGGAUAUCGGUCCUCAACGACGGGACCCUUAACUUCUCCAACGUCCUGGCGGCGGACACGGGCACCUACACCUGCAUGGUGUCCAACGCCGCCGGGAACUCCAACGCUUCGGCCUACCUCAACGUGAGUGCGGCCGAGCUCAACACAUCCAACCUGAGUUACUUCACCACGGUGACCGUCGAGGUCAUGGGACCAACCACUGAGAUGCCCAAAACUAAAACCACCACGACAGCCGUUGCUGCAGGUGCCGGUUUUGCCGGCGGAGGAGGAGGCAGCCAAGGGACUACCACCACCACUGCCUCCCCUUCCGUCUUUCGCCCGGUCUUCAUCUCCACGCCAACUGUGCUACUGCAGAGCACCGAAAGCCCGCCGGCUGUCGCCAAGCCGUCGUUGGCGCCCGGACCCAAAGGUGUCACCGGCAAGCCAGGCAAGAGCGCUCCUAGCCUGGACGAAGUGAUGAAGACCACCAAGAUCAUCAUCGGCUGCUUUGUGGCCGUGACGCUGCUGGCUGCCGUCAUGCUCAUCGCCUUCUACAAACUCCGAAAGCGCCACCAGCAGAGAAGCACGGUGGCAGCCGCCCGCACCGUGGAGAUCAUCCAGGUGGACGACGAGGACCUGCCGCCGCCAGCCUCGGCAGCGCAAGAGGCUGCCCUGUCACUGCCCGAGAUCCGGGACCACAACAGCAUCCACAAACUGAACUUUAUGAGCCACAAGACCGACUACGGCUUCCAUAAACCCAAGGCAGAGUACAAACCCCAACCCGACUUCACUCUGCAUAAGCCCAAGGCCGAGUAUACUACGUAUAAACCCACCAUGGAUUACAGCACUCAGAAAUCGACCCCGGAUUUCAGCCUUCACCGACAGAAGGCCGACUACGGCCCGUUUAGACCCGAGUACAGCACUCACAAGCCUAAAGUGGAGUACAGCCCGUUUGACACAGACUUUGGUAAUCAUCCGAAAGCCAAAACAGACUACAGUCCAUUUAAACCCGACUACAGCACGCAUCCGAGACAGAAACCCGACUUUAGUCCUUUCAAAAGAGAUUAUAGCACCCAACCAAAACCAAAACAUGACUACAGUCCAUUGAAAUCCGACUACAACACACACACAAAACAGAAAGGGGACUACAGUCCAUUCAAGCCAGACUACAGCACUCACCCCAGACCCAAGCCUGAUUACAGUCCUUACAAACCCGACUACAGUACUCAGCCCAAACCCAAAAUGGACUACAAUACCCAGAGAUCCAAGCAGGACGUCAGCAGCUACAAGGACCCCUACGCUCCCCACAGGACGGCGGACUACAGCGGCGUCCAGAGCGACUUCAGCCCACACAAAAUGGAUUACAGUGCUUUCAAGUCCGAUUUCAGCCCCCAUACACAGAGACCCAGAAUGGAUUACAGUCCCCACAAAAUGGACUACAGUCCAAACAAUGGGGAGCAUGGCACCAUGAAGCCAAAAUACAACACCUACAAACCGACGGGCCAUGGGGCGAAAUGGACAGAAAACAAUGUGGGGAACUCUCUCCCUCGAACCUUACCGAGCACCGUCACGGCCAUGGCGGAGCCCUUUGCUGUAAAAACUCACAACAAGGAGAAAGUGCAGGAGACUCAGAUUUAA